AUGAAAGCUUACUACAACCAGCUCAAGCGCAACACUCUGAAAGACUUAUUGCAGGUUCAAGGGGGCAGCGGCAGCAAUAAGACCAAGAGCUGUAUUGUAAGCGAACUAAUGGAGCUGGACAGGGAAAGCAUGGCUGCGGCAACCCCAGCUGUUCAUGCAGAAGAAAGCGAAGUGGACCGAGAAAUAAGGGAACGGCUGGCGCUGUUUGGGCCAAACCCUGCGCCAGAAAUCAUCCUUCGCAUAAUUGACAAUGCGAAUGAAAAUGCAAAUAAGCGACGGGAAUUACAAAUCCGCUUAGAGGAAGCGCAGAGAACUACAGCGGUCGCACCGAGCAGUUCCAGCUUUAACCCCGAACCGCGGAAAAUUCCCUUCAGCGCAUUCAAAGCAUUUGAGGAGGCUACAGACGAGAUUGAUGUUUCAUAUCUGAAAGACUGCAUUUAUUAA